AUGACAACGGCAAAAAUUCAUCCGACCACGCUGAGGGACAGUGUACUUGACCUUUUCUCUCUCCGUCAUUCCAUCUCCUCAACGCGCUCCAGGAUGCCAAUUCUCCAACAUGGCAUCUCACAUAGACUAGCCAGGAGCUCUCUGAACCUCUCGAAACACGCUCGUUCAUCCCGCCGCACCCUCUUCACCAAGUCCACAUCGGCACCACGCUCCCCCGCUCAGACAGGGCUCUAUACGACCGCCUUCGUCUUGUCGGCAGGCUUGUUCACCGUGUAUUACCUCGAUGCCAGGUCGGCACUCCACAGAUAUAUUAUCACGCCUAUCGUCCGGAAUGUGUUCGAUGCUGAGACGGGGCAUAAGCUGGCGGUAAAGACCUUAAAGGCCGGGUUCGCGCCGAAGGACCCUUUACUGGAUGAUAAAUUAUUGGGAUGCAGGAUGUGGGGGGAACAAAUAUCAAAUCCCAUUGGCCUUGCUGCAGGAUUUGACAAGGACGGCGAGGCCAUAGACGGACUAUUCGGCCUUGGGUUCAGCUGGGUGGAGAUCGGAAGUGUGACCCCCAACCCUCAGCCCGGAAAUCCUCGUCCAAGGGUGUUCAGACUUGAAGAGGACGGAGCUGUGAUCAACAGAUACGGUUUCCCUUCUCAAGGUCACUCUUCCGUCCUUGCUCGAGUACGAGCUCGUAUACCGACUUUCUUCACCGGUCCCGACCGGGCUGCCUUUCGUCCCGGGGCGAUGCUGGCAGUGAAUCUAGGCAAGAACAAGGAAUCCCCAGUGGAUUCUAUCGAUGACUUCGUUGCUGGUGUACGAACGUUUGGACCAUAUUCCGACGUGUUGGUUGUCAAUGUAUCGAGUCCUAAUACACCGGGAUUGCGUGGCCUGCAGAACCGAGAUGUUCUCGAGCGUCUGCUAGACGGUGUGACGAAAGCCCGAGAUCAGCUCGAGCCGUCUCCAAUAACAGCCCGGAAACCGAAAGUCGUCCUCAAGAUCGCACCUGACCUAGAAGAGUCUCAACUCGUGGAGAUGGCAGCUGUUAUUCGAAAGAGUAAAGUCGACGGCGUAAUCGUCAGUAAUACCACGAUCCAACGGCCAAAAACCCUGCAGAAUCCAAAUAAAACGGAGGUCGGUGGGCUCUCUGGGCCUCCAGUAAAGCCUUUCGCUUUGAAGGCUCUUAAAACCCUGAGGAAAGAGCUGCCUGCAUCAAUACCCUUGAUCGGUUGUGGUGGUAUCACAACAGGAAAAGAUGCCCUAGACUACGCCAAAGCCGGUGCCUCGAUGGUCCAGGUGUACACGAGCUUUGGAUACGACGGUGUUGGUGCCUGCAGACGGAUCAAAGAUCAGCUUGUGGAGGAGCUCAAGAGGGAAGGCAAAAGUUGGGAACAGGUUGUGGAUGCGGCUGUAGCGCAGCUGAGCUGGAAGGAGCCCACCCCGGAGCAGAAGAAGGAACAGGCGAUCAAGCAGCUGGUUUCUGAAGCUGAGGAACUCAGAGCGAUGCUGGACCAGCUCGCAGACCAAGGCCCUUUCCCCUUCAAUAGACUUAUGGACUCACCACGCUCGGUCAGGCCGCGUUCGAUUCGGAGCUCUUCCUCAUCCAGCAGCCUCGCAUCGACAGCCUCGGUCACCGCGACGCACCUCCCCGGGAACAGCACCAGCAUCAGCUCAAGACUUUCUCUGAGACACGGAAUAUCCUCCGACCAUCUCAAGCUGCUCGCAGCCAAUCCCCCAGAGACAAAGUUCGCGAAUCUGUCCUGCCACCCCAAGGAUGACCAGGGGCGCGCGGCCCUCAUCGACGCAGAGACCGGCGUCGAGGUCCAGCGGCACGCAGACCUGUGGUUCGACGACGGGAGCGUCAUAUGCCGCGCGGAGGACACCCUAUUCUGCGUACACAUGUCCCAGCUAGCACGCCACUCGCUCGUCUUUCAUGAUAUGUUCAUGCUCCCACAGCCGGAGGCGUCGAGGCUUGAGUCGUCCAUGCUCGUGCACGAGGGCAAGUCGAGGCGGAUACCGGUCGUGUAUCUGUACGACACCGCCGAGGAUGUGGGCAAUCUCCUGACUGCGCUCUACGAUGGCCCGAGUUUCGGGAACAACGAUGAGGAUGAUUUUCGGGUCGUCUCUGGCAUCCUUCGGCUGUCGACAAAGUACCUCGUCGACUCAUUGCGCGCGAAGGCGAUUGCGCACCUCAGCAUCGCAUGGCCAGCAGACCUCAAAGCCUGGGAUGCCCGAGAGGACCUUGUACGGAGUUAUGAUUCUGAAGGCGGCUCGAGCUCACGGGGCGUCAGCCGCUACCCCCAUCCAUUUGAAGUGAUAAGCCUCGCUCGUGAAGUCAACGCACCCUCCCUCCUCCCUUCCGCCUUCUACGACCUCUCACGGCACUCCUUCACCCAAAUAUAUGAGCCAAACGAAGAUGACUCCCUCUACCGGCCCUACACCCCUCCCCCACUCUCAGCCGCCGACAUUCAGCGGCUCGCGCUCGGAAAAGAGGCCAGCCAGCACACGAUCACCACCCUCAUCCAGAGCAUGGGCAGCGGGCAGUACAUCCGCUCCAACCAGCAGCACACCACCAACUCGCACUUCCGCAAGACCUCCUCGGGCGGCAUCUGUGUGUCUGCUGCUGCCUGUAGAAAGGACUUUACCGAGCUCGUUGAUCUCGCGACGCAGCACUACCUGUUUGAUAGGGAGCGGGGGUGCUAUGACCCGCUGUAUGUCGCGGAGGAGCUUGGUCAGCUGAAGAGCGCGGAGUUCUCGGAGUGCAAGGCCUGUGCAAAGUCGCUAGAGUCGUGGGCUGCGCGCGAACGCGAGAAGAUGUGGAAGAUGAUUCCUCUGUGGUUCCGCCUAGAGACUGGGAGUGGGAGGGAUGCUUCGUCGCCCAUUCCCAACUGA